GGGGAUGAAUUUACUCAACAAAAGCUCUCUUUCUAAAUUUAUCGACAACAUUAACAAAAUUUAGUAAAAAGAUCUAAUUUCCACAAAAACAUUACCCACCACUCGUUGCCUCGCCAUCUUCCUUUCAUUAUUUUUAACGAACAAACACUUCUCCUUCUUCUUCUUCUUCUUCUUCUUCUUCUUCUUUUGCUGUGAUAAGAAAAAGGGAACGCAAACAACAACAAAAGCCACUUUUGGUCUUACCCAAUUGGUAGUUUCCUUUGUAAUAAUAAAUGGGUUAGAUUAAUUUCUCUAUAUAUUUGCUUAGAAUUGUGGUAACUUGGCACUGGAUUGGUCAUUCGUAUGGAGUGGGAUAGUGAUUCGGAUCUAAGCGGAGAUGAGGAGGAGGGAUUCACGGCUAACGAUUGUGGUAACGUCGGUCCUCUUCCUUUUCCUGUUGAGAAUUUGCUUCAAACGGCGCCUUGUGGAUUCGUUGUGACUGAUGCUCUGGAGCCUGACCAUCCUAUAAUUUAUGUCAAUACUGUUUUUGAGAUGGUCACUGGUUAUCGUGCCGAGGAAGUUCUUGGUCGUAAUUGUCGUUUCCUGCAAUGUAGAGGACCUUUUGCCAAAAGAAGGCAUCCAUUAGUGGACUCCACAGUGGUUGCAGAAAUAAGGAGAUGCCUUGAGGAGGGCGUUGAAUUCCAAGGAGAAUUAUUGAACUUCAGAAAAGAUGGAUCUCCUCUAAUGAAUAGGUUGCGGCUUACUCCUAUAUAUGGAGAUGAUGACACAAUUACUCAUCUUAUUGGAAUCCAGUUCUUCUCCGAAGCAAACAUCGAUCUAGGUCCCGUGCCUAGUUCUUCAAUAAAGGAGUCUGCAAAAUCAUCAGAUCGAUUUCGUUCUGGUUUUUCUACUUAUCGCCCUGUCCCAGUCGGGGAUCGCAAUGUUUGUCGCGGGGUUUGUGGAAUACUGCAAUUGAGUGAUGAAGUACUGUCUCUCAAGAUACUCUCACGUUUGACUCCAAGAGAUAUUGCAUCUGUGGGCUCAGUCUGUAGGCAACUAUAUGAGCUGACUAAGAAUGAGGACCUUUGGAGAAUAGUCUGUCAGAAUGCUUGGGGUAGUGAAACAACACGUGUUUUAGAGACUGUGCCUGGUGCAAAGAGACUAGGGUGGGGUCGCCUUGCAAGAGAAUUAACAACUCUUGAAGCAGCAGCAUGGAGAAAGCUAACUGUUGGAGGUGCUGUUGAACCCUCAAGGUGCAAUUUCAGUGCUUGUGCAGUAGGGAAUCGUGUUGUCCUUUUUGGUGGGGAAGGUGUUAAUAUGCAGCCAAUGAAUGACACUUUUGUAUUGGAUUUGAACUCCAGCAAUCCUGAGUGGCAACAUGUCCAAGUGAGCUCCCCCCCUCCUGGACGGUGGGGUCAUACACUUUCAUGUGUUAAUGGGUCUAACUUGGUUGUGUUUGGAGGCUGUGGAAGGCAAGGCUUACUUAAUGAUGUCUUUGUUUUGGACUUGGAUGCAAAGCCUCCUACUUGGCGUGAGAUUUCUGGAUUGGCCCCUCCACUUCCCCGGUCAUGGCAUAGUUCUUGCACGCUAGAUGGCACCAAGCUUAUUGUCUCUGGAGGGUGUGCAGAUUCUGGAGUAUUACUCAGUGACACUUUUUUGCUUGAUCUGUCAAUGGAGAAACCUGUCUGGAGGGAGAUACCAGUAGCAUGGACCCCGCCUUCUAGGCUUGGUCACACUCUUUCAGUUUAUGGUGGGAGGAAAAUAUUGAUGUUUGGGGGCCUGGCCAAGAGUGGUCCCCUCCGAUUUCGUUCCAGUGAUGUUUUCACUAUGGAUUUGAGUGAGGACGAACCUUGCUGGAGAUGUGUAACUGGAAGUGGAAUGCCUGGUGCUGGAAAUCCUGGAGGUGUAGCUCCUCCUCCAAGGCUUGAUCAUGUAGCUGUAAACCUCCCAGGUGGUAGAAUCCUAAUAUUUGGCGGCUCCGUUGCUGGUCUUCAUUCUGCCUCACAACUUUAUCUUCUGGACCCAACUGACGAGAAACCUACAUGGAGGAUUCUAAAUGUACCUGGGCGACCUCCAAGAUUUGCUUGGGGACACAGUACAUGUGUUGUUGGAGGGACAAGGGCUAUAGUCCUUGGUGGUCAAACUGGGGAGGAGUGGAUGUUAAGGGAGCUUCACGAGCUGUCCUUGGCAAGUUCUGUCAUCUGAUUACAAAUAAUAUGUUGGCAGGCUGUGAUAAAAGAAUCACUUGAAGCCUUCAACUUCAGGGUGAGGGAUCAUUUCUUGGAAACGCAGCUGAUGCUGUUGUUUCGGUCACUAAUAACUCUUAACAAAUGUUUGCUUGGAUCAGGACUUUUUAUUGGAGGGUUGUUGGUUAUUUGCAUUUUCUUGUACAAGGUUGUUCUGGCUACGGAUGAACUUCCAUAAGGUGACUUGAAACUCUUCUUGUUCUUUUUCUCUUUUUGUGAGGUUUGUAUAAGACCCUUCUCUCCGCCUCCUGUCCGCCACCGCCACCACCGCCACCACCGCCACUGCCACCGCCACCGUCACCAUGCACAUUGGGCAAUCCUUCCUUGUUAGGUUAGUAAGUACUUGAUAGACAGGUAGGUAUUGAUAUGAUGUAGGCUUAGUUUCUUGUUAUGUCCUUGCUUUGCUUUAAUUCAGUUCUGUAAUCUGAAGGAAGAUUGAAACAGAAAAACAAAAACAGAAAAAAAAAAAAAAACCAAAAGUGCAUGUUUAUAAUGAGUUAAGUACUUCCUGGAAUGUAUGUAACUAAACAAAUUGCAUGUAUAUUGUGGUGCUCAUGGGCAUUUGAGGUAAUUCCUUUUCCUUCGGCUU